GACCGGCAAAUACAUCCUGAAAUCUUUGUCCAUGCUUUGGCGCUUGGCGAGUCUCGUUAAUCUUGUCUUGUCUGAGCACUCUACACACUGUAGAGUUCUUGCUUUACUGCAGUUGCCAUGCUACAGAGUAGGGAUCUCAAGUCAUCUACUAGCAUGAUCCAGUUGGAAUUCAGUGUGUGUAAGCCGGCCGGUCUCGAAGGGUCGUUCUGACCACUCUAUCAUUAUCAAAAAAAGAACAUUUUUUUUUGCAAAUUUUUUUUUCCGACAGAAUAAAACAUUCUAGCAAAAAAAAGUGAAUUUGUGAAAAACUCGCCAAAAAUAAAAGAAAAAGAAAAUUCCAAGAAGGAAGAAGAAAUUUUUUUUAAAUCGAAUUCAAGAUAUUUGUGAUUGUUUCAAACAUGUCAGAACGAGGAAAAAUAGAACUCUUCCUAUUUUUAAUACUAUUUUCGGAGCACAAAGCAAAAAUUUCUUGGAUGAAAAAUGCAAUAAAUUAAUACUAUAGUGAUUUUUACCGGCUUUUUAAAUUCAAAAUUUACAGUGAAACAUUCAACAAGUGAAUUGGUUUCUUUUCUCCCCCUUCAAGGAUUUAAAUGGAUUAUUUUGGGGUUGAGGAAAGAGUGUAUAAAAAUUAAUACACAUUUCAUUUUCCUAUUUAACAAAAGAGAAUUUUAUCUGAUAAGACAAAAAAUAACCGAAGAUAUUGAACUUGAAGUUAUAAUUAUUCAAUUACAAAGGAGGAAAUUUCUCGACAAUAAUUAAAAAAAUUAUAUCAAAAAUGACACAAACGGAGGGAGUUUCAAUGACCUUUGAGUCCAAGGCACCGGCUAAGCAAAUGAAUGGGGCGGACACUGGAAGGCGAGAUCAGGAGGAACUAUCGCCGGCCUCGACUUCGCCGUCGGGUCAGGACGAGACCAGUGGUGGGUCGGUACUGGCAAUGGGCAGCACCGACUCGGCCGGAAAUGCCCACGACGGUGGACCAUCCUGCGGCUUGGUGAGCUCGCUAUUCCCCAGCAGUUGUCGAGGCAGAGCGGAAGCAUUCGCCAGGAGUCUCCAUCGACGACUAACGUCCCUGGGUGGAGAGAAUGGCAGCAAUGACGAUUUUGAUUUAACCAAGCCAAACGAAACCUCCUGGCUACACUCAACAACCAUUAAAAACGGAACAAAUUCAUCCAACAAUGUGAAACUCGUCCUUGAUCAUCAACCACGUCUCAGUCCCGAAUCGGAUCUCUUCUACGAUCUCGAAGGAGAACUCGAGGAAAAUGGAAUUGUUUCACCUGCGGAAGAAGCCUCUGCAGCGGAACUAGCACAUCUACUCGUUAAUCAUCAAUCGUUGAAAAUUAACCGUCAUGAUAAUUGUCAUGCUACAAGACCAGCUGGUACAAGUCAAGAUUCCGGAUCCGAUGGAGUUUAUUCAUCGCCAAUGACUGGUAACAAUACUCCCGAGAAUGAUGAAUCUGAGAUGUACUUUGAUCCCCUAUCGUCUGACGGCGAUAAGAAGAAGGACACCUUUUUCGAUCCUGUCAAUUCCUCCGAGAAUGAGGGAUUAUCAACUCUUUCUAAUGGAAGCGAACCCGAGAUGAUUAGAGUUCUUCGUAGAAAAUUAGAGAAAACUAAAAAUCACGAUACAGCAACUAAUGAAGAAGAGACAUCUGACUCUAGUUGUUCUUUGCAAAAGGAUGAAAUUGAAAUCUCAAGAUUACGAACAAAUCCCGUUGAGAGUACCGACGAAUCAUCGAAUGGAAGAAGUUCUAUCGACACAACGUCACAUGAUUCCCUGUGGAGUACAUUUGACGAUAGUACUUUGUCUGAAAAUUCUGUCAAAAAUGAUGCACUUUGUAAUCAGAAUCGAGUUCCUAAAUCGCAUUCCGAUUCGGAAAUUCCGGGUAUGGUGGACGUUAGUGAUGUACGGCUGGCAAGGAGGAUAGAGGUUCUGGAAGAGAAUGUAGACGAAGUGGACUUUGCUGGUAGUAGUUUACAAGUGGACCAGUCCUCGAAAGACGAACUCAAUUCUUGCUUACAAAAUGGACUCGAGAAGAUAGAUACGGAAAAGGAACAUGAAGAUAACGAUGGCGAUAAACCAAUCGAGGAACCUAGUGGUCAUACUGACCACUUGACUUACGACAGUACAUUUAACACACCAGAUUCGUCGACACUAGAAAGCACCUGCGAAGCGAAAGUCGAGGAACCAAAUCAACCCGAGAAAAACGAAGUACAACUGUUGAUAAACGACGAAUCAGCACUAAAUUCGAUAGAUGAAUCCGAAGUCCCGACGAGACUUGAAGGCACUACUGAAAGUGACAUCCAAGAAGAGAGUUCGGAUCUUCAUUUGUCAUCCGAGGACAAUCCGGAAGAAGAAGAAGAGGAGCAAAGACCUCCAAGAGUUAGACGAUGUUCAUCACUGAAAACCGGCAAAACACCUCCCGGUACUCCAGGUAGAAAGAAAAUAGUUCGAUUUGCCGACGUUCUCGGACUCGAUUUAGCAGACGUAAGAACCUUCCUCGACGAAAUUCCAAAAGUUCCAAACUCUGCCUAUUCCGAUCUAAUCUAUGACGAUGUCUUCCAUAAAGAAUCAAGUCCCAUUAAUUGCGGUAUUCAAACCUGGAGUGCAAGAUACUUAGACAACAGUCGAAUGAAUUUGACGUCAGUUCAAAAACUCGACACAACACUUGUACCGCUUUUCCAACAACCUGGAGGUCUUCCAAAUUUCCUCGAUUUCGUUCGUGAUCGUCGUGUUUGCCUGGAGAAUGUUCUUGUCAGUGAUCCUACGACCUUAUGCAUCAAAGGAACAGUUCGUGUGUGUAAUUUUGAUUUCCACAAAUCAGUUCAUAUCAGAUACACCCAAAAUUCAUGGAAGACCUACAGUGAUCUACAAGCAACGUACGCGCCUAAUUCUUGUGAUGGUUUCAGCGACAAAUUCACCUUCACUCUCUACUGUCACACACUUCGAGUUGGUCAACGACUCGAAUUUGCAGUUAGAUUCCAGUGUAAAGGCAAUCAAUAUUGGGAUAAUAAUCUUGGUGCAAAUUAUUGCUUUCAGUGCCUACCAUCAUCCCCAGCUGUUGGAUAUAUACCAAUCACCGCGCCUGAAAACGCACACGAUUGGACACCAAUGUUCUAUUGACUCAAGAACAAAUUCUGGAAGUUGUCCAGAAAAUCUGGUCAUAUAGAUGCUUCGAGCUGCAUGCGAUCUUGCGGAAACGACUCAAUUCUAGAUCGUUUAGAUGAUACAAAGAAAAUGCUGCCACUAUUAUAUAGAAAGUUAUUCAUGUCUAAUACUCUCAACAAAUACCUAAGUCAAUUGUUUAUAGAUUUGCAGAAGUUCAUUGUUAAAAAUCAUCAUUCAAAGUGUAUGCAUUAUGAAUACAUCGGGAGUUGACUAGAAAUAAUAUUCUGCAAGAUCUUAAUCAGUAUCGGAGAUCUUUGUCAUCAAUCGUAAUUUAGUUUUCCUUCUAUAAUCUUGAUAAUCGAAUUUUUACGAACCAAAAAGCAAAAGGAUGACAAAAUGUGAUUUUCGGAGUAUUCAAUAUGAACAUUAAACGAUGCAAACGAACAUGAAUGAAAUUAAAAUAAAGGAACUUGUCAAUAAUUAAUUACAUUGACAUUGGCUUUGAAAUAAAGUUGUCCUUCUCGUGUGGGUGCCAAAUGCUAACCUUCGAAAGUAAUUUUCGUCGAGUGAAGCGGAACUGAUGAAAUGCGAUGUUUUUUGAGAUGGAUGUUAUCCUAUACACCUAAACGGUUAUUGGCUGUCUGCCAUUGGAAAAAAGAAGACAUGUUUCCUAAUAUACCAGGGUGCUAAAUUUAGCAAAUGCUUAUAACGACACUUUUCAUACAAUCAGCCUAAGUAUAGUCAACGAUAAACUAAAAAAACUUUAAUCUAGUUAAACAAAAUCAUCCAAGUACUUGUUAAUCUUAUUAAUUUCAACCAUCAAACUCUCAAUUUGAUUUUUCGAAAUUUACUCAUUUGAUUUUUAAGUUUACCAUAAAAUUCACACAAAUAACACAAGAGAAAGCUUUAAAUAUUUUAUGGAUUCUUGAAAAUCAUUAAAAAUCAUUAAAAUUUUGAUGAGAUUGAAAAUAUGUUCAACCGAAAAAUAUAGAUUUAAACUUGUACCAUAGAGAUGAUGCAAAUAACGUCCAAUAAAAUAUCCUCACAAUAAAAAAUUGCUCCAUAAAUGAAUAGCAUCGAAAAAUGCAACGAUAUUUUCAAGAAUGUUACAAUAUUCAAUAAAAAAAAUAUAUUAUUCAUAUACAACACGUUAACAUUAAUAUAACUCUUUUCAGUUACUUUUUCCAACCAAAAACAUCUAAACAAUAAAAAAAGACGUAUUUUUAACUAAGCAAAGAAAUGAUUACAAUUAAAAAAUUGUUUCUCAUGUUUUUGGCAAGAAAAAGUAACUCGAAAUUAAUUUUGUUGAAGAUUGAAAAAAAAAGAUCUAAGAUAUUUUUGCACGACUGGAUUCGAUGAAAUAUAUUUUGACAUCAUAAAUAAUGCCUGAGGUCAUUGACUUUCGAUUGCUGUAGUUUUUAUCAAUGUUGACAAAUGAAAUUAAUAUAUUAUAAACAAUAAAUAAUACAAAAAUAUCUAAACUCACGAAAAUAUCUAGUGUGAAAAAGAUGCACACAAAGGAAAAAAAAGAAGAACUAACAAAUAAUUAAGCGCUAAUAUAAUUUCUACUCUCGAUGAAAGUACCUAAGAGAACUAAUAAGUAAUUACAUUCAUUGAUUGUUUGAAAUUAAAUAUAUAUUUAAAUAUAACAUAAAUAUCAGUAUCGAUAAGAGAUUAUUUCGAUGUUUUGAAAAUUGAAUAAAACAUGUUUCGCACACUAUUUUUCUCAAGCAGAAAUGGUGCUAAUUGUACAAAAUUUUUAUAAGUUAAGGAUUAAUUUUUUAAAGAGAGGCAAUAUUCCGAGAUUUUAUUAAGCUCAACUCAUUAUGAUUAAAUUAUGA